CACAUGAGUUUUUAUCUUGGUUUUGAAACCCAGUAGAUCAAUUCAAUAGUACUUUAUCUUAGGUUUAUAAUUUAGUAUUCACCCUUGAUUAUACCCCAUUCUCAUUAUGUGACACUUUUUUUAUGCUUCACUACCAUUAUAAACUCAUUUUUUCUUAGUAUAUUUUUCACAAUACAACUACAUAGAUACUUCAAGUGAAGGUUAACGGCUUUAUUAAUUAGCUGCAACUAUAUUUUGCUCGUGGCUGUGACAUUUGGUUGCUACUGAAAGUGAUAAGUGAAAGAUGGAAGAAACAAUUCGUAAAUACUGUCAGCACUAUAUACCUGAGGACAUGUGUCCUUACAUUAAGUCAGGGUUUUUAGCAAUCCUGGUGGUGUCAGGUACAGCCUUUCUGUUUAGUUUAUUCAACAGACUACGCAUGCGUGGGAAAGUCAAAAGAGCUAUGGAGGAAGCCCGCAGUAAACGUGCAGAACAACUAAAGAUUUUAAAGGAAAAGUUACAGAAAUCAAGUCUUACUGAAGAAAAGAGAAAAAGAAUUCUAUCAUUAGACAUUGUCCAACUUCAGAAACGACUCAAAGACCGUUCAUUAAAAGCCAUUGAUGUUCUUCAUGCUUAUCAAUACAAGGCACUUGAAGCACAAGAGAAGAUCAAUUGUAUAACUGCAAUAAUUCCUGAAGCUGAGGAAUUAGCUCUGAAAUGUGAUUCUGUCCCAUAUGUGACCAAACCUCUUCAUGGAAUUCCAAUCAGCCUCAAAGAAAACAUAAUCUACAAGGGACUUUACACAACCUGUGGCUUAGGUUACAGCCUGUUGAGCCCACCUCAUGCAGAUGAUUCAAAUCUUGUUAAGUGCCUGAAAGAACUUGGUGCUGUUCCAUUUGUCACAACAAAUGUACCACAGACUUUAAUGAGUAUCUCCUGUGAUAAUAAUAUUUAUGGCCAAACUAGAAACCCACAUAAAGCUGAUCGUGGUCCUGCUGGGUCCAGUGGAGGAGAAGCAGCUCUCAUAGGUUAUGGUGGAUCUAUUUUAGGUAUAGGAACAGAUAUUGGUGGUAGCAUUCGCUGUCCAGCUCAUUUUUGUGGCAUUUAUGGAUUAAAAACAACUAUUACUCGCAUGGGGUUAGGAAGUACCUAUAAACCAGUCAAAGAACAAAUUCUGAUUCAGACUUCCGUGGGCCCAAUGGCACAGACUGCUGAUGGUUUGGUUAUGGCAACAAAAGCAUUGUUUUCUCAGGAAGUCUUUGAAAUGGAUCCCCAAAUAUCCCCUACAGUAUUCCAGAAUCAUCUGUUUGAAAGCAAGAAAAACCUGCGGAUUGGAUAUUAUGUAACUGAUAAUGUAGCUAAUACUACCCCAGCCUGCCAGAGAGCAGUUCUUGUGGCAAAGAAAGCAUUGGAGGCUAAGGGACAUACAAUGAUUGAAUUUACUCCACCCAGAGUUUUGGAUGCUUUGUGUUUGGCAGUGAAAAUAUUGUGGUUGGAUGGCCGAAUAAAGACCAGAUAUAUAAAACAUGAAAAACCAAGUAAAGAAAUGUUAUGGGAAAGGAUGUUUGAAGGAUUUAACAGAAUUAUUUCUGCCCUCAUCUACCCUUUGGACAAAACAUCAUCUCGAUUCCUGUCAGUAAUGGAUGGAAUGACAAAACAUGAUGACAUAUAUAAUUUGGUGAAUAAAAAACAGGAUUAUGACAAAGAGUUUGCUGACGCUAUGCAAAAACAGAAAUUGGAUGCUCUCAUCUGCCCUGUCUUUGGUUCACCAUCACUUCUAAUUAAUUGUCCAGGCUUUGGAAGGUUUCCAACCUAUACUUUACUCUAUAAUCUACUGAACUACCCUGCUGUGUCUAUGCCUGUUACCAAGGUAACCGAAGAAGAUGUAAAGAAGACUUAUAAUACUAAAUCAAUGGUUGAAUACUUUAUGAAAAAGUCAAUUCCAGGCAGUGUUGGACUUCCAGUCAAUAUCCAGGUUGUUGCUCCAACAUAUAAGGAUGAGCUUGCCUUACGCAUCACAAAAGAACUGGAUAGUGAACUGAAGAAGAAAAGCAACUAGCAUAUAGCCAUGAUAGUCCAUCAGACCUUAGAUAUACAUGAUGACUGAUAAUCACAUGGGCUCCACUUCAGAGGAAAAGUGAACUGGUGUUAGGAAAUAUUUUUCACUAUUGUAGGACCACAGUAUUUUGAUAAAGAAUAAAACAGUGUUUGUUAUUUAUA